AUGGUCUCACCAAAGCGAAACAAGUUCAAGCGGUCCUCUAAAGCUUGUACUGCUUGUAGGCAGAUGAAACUGAAAUGUGAUGCAGUUGACCGUUUCCCAAAGCCUUGUAAUCGAUGCGCUAAGUAUGGAUCAGUUUGUCAAAUUGAUCUUUCCUUCGAAAGAGAGCGAAGAAGGUCCGCCAAGAAGCUAGGUUCUGUGGCAGAUCCUCUGGCAGAAUCUAUGGAAACAGCCGAGUCGUCUAGUUCAGUAGAUAUUUUGAAGGCUGAUAUCAAUGCUAGCGAAACUAUGGCUUCGGCGGUGUGGGCCACAGAUUUCAGAGAGCUGACAUUGGGUCCUGCUGUAGUGAUAGAGGAUCAGGUCCUCGAGAAUAAUAUAAUCAUUCCUGGAGAGACAAUUCGUCUCAUUUUCAAUAACUUCUACAAGUGGUACUAUCCUAACAUCCCGAUACUGACUCGAGAUCUACUGAACCCGUUAUAUUUAUUGGGGUCUAAGGAUUCCGAUUUUAAAGUGCUGUUUUGGGCGAUCUGUGCCGUUUCUUCACCUUCAUGUUGUGACGAUGCCACGGCAGAUUCUAUCGGAAAGCACGCUAAGAACCAGAUAAUCAAUUCCCGCGAUGCUUUAUUUACAUCUACACCGCUGUGUUCCUUGGCAAGAGUGCUAGCACUUCUUAUACUGUGUGCUUUUCCUCUUUACCAUACAAGUCUUCAGGAAGACCCUUCAUCAGCCUACUGUAGCCGAGCUAUAGACAUAGCAAUGAGGAUAGGCCUUCAUAGGUCCUCGUUUACUCAGGAGUAUAAUCUACGUACAGAUGCCUUAAAGGAGCAAGUAACACUUGCUAGAUUUUGCUGGGCUGGUUGCUUCGUCACAAACCAGGGUCUAGCGACUUUCUCUGGAUUGCCAUCGUUAAUAUCAUUAAAUCACGGUAUGUUUCCAAAAAUGUUUACCUCAGUGGAGGGAAACUCAUAUUUGACCGAGUAUAUUAAGCAAGCGAAAAUUCUUCUGGCACUGAAGCAAGCAGUUGAAAUUUUGGGUAAUAAUCCUGACACAGAAUUUGGCAUGACGGAUCCAGGAUCUCGCAAAUUACUCCAUAGGUCAGUUGAACAGUCGUUCUCACAACUAAUAGCAGAUAUGGCACCAUUAUCGGAAAUGACAGAAUUAUACUGUUUAUGUGCUAAGCUUCAGUUUCAUUCUUUUCUCCUAGUACCUGAUACCGAACUAGAAGAUCAACAAGCUAUGGUGAUUCCCAUAUACUUGGUCUGUAUCAAGAUUUUGGACAUAGUGCAAGCCCUCAGUAAGGACCAGACUAAUUUUAAAACUUGGCCAGGGUUUGUUAUCCGACUCCAGGUGUUUAGUGCUGUGAUACUUUUUGGACUAAUAAUAUCUCCGUUUGGAUCACUAAUUAACGUUGACGAGGCACGAAACAAAAUAGCAGAAGUAUACAGUUUACUGUCCAAGGCAGCGACUCGUGAAAAUGACAGUGCAACUAGAGGUAUGAGACUUCUCGAUGGUCUUCAGUAUAUGCACAAUAACAAGCUUAUUCCUCCUAUGAUAUUCACUGUUAGAAGUAGGUUGGGGGCUAGUGCGUUCUGGAGUCUUUUACUGAUCUUCAAGAGAUUUCAAUUAGACCUACACUCGCGUAACAGGUAUGCAGGAGAUGAUCGAACUAAAAACUUGGUCAAUAGGCCAUUGAGUGAAUAUGCCAAUGAACAACUAGAGCCAGUUCUAAUGGCAGAUGAAAACAUAGAUCCAGACAUAAAAUCGUUCUUGGAGGGUAUGAACGAUUGGGAGCUCUGGCAACCAUUUGCAGAAGCUGUAUAA